AUUAUAUAUGGUAAUGAUGAUUUUUUUUAUUUUUUUUUUUUUCAAAUGUUAUAUAGAAACAGUUACUCGAUUCUUAGAAUAAUUCUCAUUUCUAUUUUCAUCGAUGAAAGCCGCACCUGAAUGAACGAACGCAAAACUCGUGGAUAAAUGUAGAUAUCGAUGCAUAUGGGGGGCCUUUCAUCCCCUCUUUUCUCUUCCGCACCUUUCUAUUUCCUUCCGGUUCCAUGCGGCUGGUCGCGCAUGAGGGCACGCAACGUGAGUAUGCUAACAGAUGCCAGAGUUUGUAUGGCACUGUACAUCUAUCGAGCUCGUGCGAGCGUUUCAGUAUUCGAGCACGCGCGAGUAAGUGAACUUCGUAAUCGAAUCGUACCAAAGAGCAGAUAUUAUAACGCGUCAUCCCUUUACGAUGGCAUAACUUUCGUUGUUAUUUUCGUUUUUUCUUUUUUUUUUUUCAAGUGAACAACGUGAAACUUUAACAUGUUGAUUAUAUAUUAACAACAAUAAUAAAAUUAAAUUAUAUUAAAAUACAUUAUAACAUUGCUUAAUAUUCUUAUUGUUAUUAUGGAAAAUAAAAAGCUAGUAUUGUCACGAGCUUUCGUAUGCUGCACGAAUAUUAUUUUUUUGAUAUCAGGUUUUAUUCUAAUGUCAUUGGGAGCAUUAUUAUUAGCUGACAAUGAAAGAAUUUUACUAUCGCGCUUAUUAGGACUCAGUGAUGUUCUACCUGAUCAACCACUAUUUUAUUACUUAGCCUUUGCCAUCUCUGCUUUAGGAUUUUUCAUAGCGGUAACUGGUCUUUUUGGAUGCUGGGCGGCAUGUCUUUUCAAUCAAUGUAUUACGAUAUCGUAUAUAGUGACGAUUAUGUUAUUACUACUUAGCGAAUGUACCGUAUUCAUUGUCGCUAUAUUCUGGCCUUACUUAUUGGGAAUCGAUGUUAGACCGGCCCGAUUGAUAAGGGCAUUACAACGUAGUUACGCAGUUCCAGGACGAGAACAAUUCACAGCAGCUCUUGACUUAGCACAAACCACGUUUUCCUGUUGUGGCAUAAACGGAAGCAACAAUUACGGUACUUCAUGGUGGAGGCUGCAGGAAGUUGGUCGAAGAGAAUUGGUAGUACCUCUCAGUUGCUGCACCCUGAAUAACGCCAAUGAGACGGACUCCUUCCUUAAUCCUGAACCUGCCAAUCUCACUCUCUGUCAAGCUUUAAAUCCCGCCGAACAUCAGUAUGCUCGGCACACGACGGGAUGCCUGGAAAUGAUCGAAAGAUGGACGCAAGAGCAAGCGUUAAUCUUACUCGCCAUCGGUCUGUCGAUUAUCUUCGUCGAGGUUAGCGUCCUCUUAAGUACUUUCUUCGCAUGCUCGAAGAAUAAUAAGAGAAAGAAAUCGCAAACCUCGACGUUUACUUCUACGCAAACUUUGAGUCCCUUCAAUGAGAACGAUCAUGAUUUUGGAUUAGGAAUAGAAAAUAGAAUGCAUAUAUGGUCGGGGGGCAGCGAGAAUUUAGAUGAAAAAAAAGUGAUCGAGCACGAAUACGAUAAACCAACGAGACAAAAUGGAAGAAGUAUAAUCGAGGAUUGGAAGGAUUCUCCGAAAUAUGAUGAAAAUAUUAUUAGAAGCGAUCAACUUUACGAGGAACGAGCUGUCGAUGUAAUUAUGGAUUAUCAUAAUCAUCAACAUAAUCAUCGUCAAAUAGAAAAUAUUUCCUCAGAGUUCAACAAACAGAUAGGAUCGUCUUUGUUAAAAAUCGAUAUUCCGAAAGAGAAUGAAGGGAGCAAAGAGAGUAUUAUAAAAAUUAAACGACCACAAGGUGGUGGUACCGUCAGAAGUAUACCAAUAAAAGAUUAUCAAACUUCGAUAGCUCAGAACAUAGGUACGUUAAGACGAUCGAUGGCACCGCAAUUGCAAUUUGAAUCUUUAGUUUCCGAACCUGAAAAAAAUAUUCCAAUGAUUCCAUCAAAACAGAGAAUAUCCAUUAUUAAUAAUGAUACCUCGAAUAUUCAGCAAUGUUCAAUGUUUCCAUUAGAGUCUGAAAAAUCGAAUAAUACUUGCCACGAAAUUUCAAAAUCCCUCGAUACGCUGACGAGGAAAGAGGACAGCGUCAACGAUGGAAAGUCCAUGGAAAGCGUUCGUAAGGGGAGCGUUCGCGAUUUCAAUGAUACGGCCAAUUACUUUCGCAGAUCGUAUAGAAAAAGGUUAAGCUCCAAUUGUCGCAAAACACGAGAUAAUAAAGAUGAUAAGGAGUUGGUUCGUACGCGUGGUCACGUAGGUCAGAAGAUAUAUGUUUACGAGGAGAAUGCUCGUCGUAGCGAAAGAAAUUUUGAUCCUAUUCUCGAAUCGAGAAAACAUCGUACUAUCGGUGUACCUUUGGUUGGAAUGCAUAAUGCUUGUGGAUUACCCGUUAUAGCGUCUUGGAACGAUGCUGAGAUUUUUCAACCUCUUCGAACGAGUACCACGGUGUUAGGAACAAUGGCUCCUGUUUUAGGAGGAUCUAGAUUAUCUUCGAACCUUCGAAGAAGAACACAUCCCAAGAGAAGAGCACCAGAUCCAACUCGAUCCAAUCACACACUAGCUCGAGUCGUUAAACGCAACGAUUCUAAAAGAUCGACAGUAAAAGGUAAUGAUGAAAACAAUACGAGGAGAAAGAGGAAUCGCUCAUCUUUCAAAACCGUAAAUCGUCCUAAUAUAUCCUCGAAAAAUUCUUUCAAACGAACUGUUCGAGGUGGAAAAUAUACACUUGGAAAAGCAUAUUUAACGAAUACUUUGGAUAGAAAAGUUUUCAAAGGGAAUGCGAAAAGAAGAACUCUUUAUGCCAAAGAUGACGGUGAGGAAGCUGUGCAGGCUUUGAAAAAUUUGUGCUUAAAUCCAUUGGCGCGAAAUGAAUCUCAGGAGGAUAUGAUAUGGUGAUCAGAAAUGUUACCUGCAACAAAGCGAAGGAUGUGAUUUUCGUCUUUGUUUGUUUGUAAAUAAAUGGACGGUAUAAAUUAUUCAUUGAUCCAAAGAUUUUCUAAUAAAUGAAAAUCCUUGCUGCCCUCGUUGAUAAAUCAAUCAUGUGCUUAGCUUAACUCAUUCUACUUAUUUUAAUUAAAAGUAUGAUUUCGAUGUAACCAACGUAUUUAGAAUUUUAGAAUUAAUUGAAAUA